AUGUCUGGUCUGCAUGGCUUCGAGGGAGAAAACUUCUACAUCCCUGUGCAUAACCGCACAGGGCUUGUACAGGACCCCUUUCUGUACGAGCAGUAUUAUUUAGCAGACCCAUGGCAAUAUAGACUGCUGGCUUGUUACAUGUUUCUUCUGAUCAUUUUCGGCCUCCCCGUCAAUGGCUUGACCCUCGUGGUCACGGCCCAGCACAAGAAACUCCGCCAGCCGCUCAACUUUAUCCUGGUCAACCUGGCCGUGGCCGGGAUGGUCAUGAUCAUCUUCGGGUUCACUAUCGCCCUCAGCUCCGCGGUCACUGGCCACUUUUACUUUGGACCCGUGGGCUGCGCCGUCGAGGGUUUCUUGGCAACGCUGGGAGGUGAGGUGUCCCUCUGGUCACUGGUUGUGCUGGCCAUUGAGCGAUACGUUGUGGUCUGCAAACCCAUGGGGAGUUUCAAGUUCUCCACGUCACAUGCCAUGGGAGGCAUCGCCUUCACCUGGACUAUGGCGCUGAGCUGCGCAUUGCCACCCCUCAUCGGCUGGUCCAGGUACAUUCCGGAGGGCCUGCAGUGCUCAUGUGGGCCAGACUACUACACCCUCAACCCCAAGUACAGCAAUGAGUCCUACGUCAUCUACAUGUUCUGCGUUCACUUCCUGUUCCCAGUGACCAUCAUCUUUUCCACUUAUGGGCGGCUUGUGUGCACGGUCAAAGCGGCUGCAGCGGCCCAGCAGGAGUCUGCCUCCACCCAGAAGGCGGAGAAGGAAGUGACACGCAUGGUCGUCCUGAUGGUGUUGGGCUUCCUGCUGGCUUGGACGCCCUACGCCAGCGUUGCUGCCUGGAUCUUUUUCAACAAGGGGGCUCAGUUCAGUGGCCAGUUCAUGACUCUUCCCGCCUUCUUCUCCAAGAGCUCAGCCCUCUUCAACCCUGUCAUAUAUGUGCUACUGAACAAGCAGUUCCGUAACUGCAUGCUGACAACCCUGUUCUGUGGGAAGAACCCCUUGGGAGAUGACGAGUCUUCAUCAGUCUCCACCAGCAAGACAGAAGUGUCCAGCGUAACGCCGGCAUAG